AUUCACUUUAAGGAACAAGACAGCUUAAAACAAGAGAAAUGGCUACUGGUAGUAAGCGACAAAAAAUUGAAGAAAAACCUACAGAAAGUGAGGACAAUGGUGAACGAAGGAAGAGGAAAGCAGGAAAUAUGUUCCUUCGCCCUGAUAUUAUUUUAGUGGUGGAAGGAAUUCAGCUACACGUCCGUAAAGAGGUGUUAGCAGACAAUUCCCCAGUGUUUAAACGGAUGUUUGAAGCAGAUUUCAAGGAAAAACACCAGAAAAAGAUACCUUUGCCUAAAGAAAAUAUUGAGGACUUCGAGGAAUUUUUAUGUCUUAUUUAUCACCCUGAAAGAUGGCAAAUUACAGAGGAUACAGUACUCAAAAUUCUACCACUGGCCGACCAAUACCAAGUGUCAACAGUUAAAAAGAGAUGUGAAUCAUUUAUCAUCCAAACAUUAAAAAAAAUCAACUCUCGUGAAGUUCAACAUAUUGACAUCAACACUCUCCUGACAUACAGUUUCUACGUGGACAAGUUCCAAUUGUUAGAGGCCUUGCCACUCGCUGUCCUACUGUGUGCAAAACACGACCUUGGACUGAAGACAAAAGCCGCUGUAGAAAUUCCUUUUUCCAAAGAAAUGCAUGGAAAAAUAUGCAUUGAAAGAGCUAAAUUGACGGACACUUUGGUGAAAAACAAAAUGAAAAAAGGUGAAUUCAACACUGUUAUGGAGACAAUGGACUUAUACUGUGGCAUUAACGAUAAAGACAGACAGCGAUUGAUAACAUAUUAUGAACGUAAUCUGACCAAUGAUUGGGAUGAAAGAAAAAUAACCAAGGAUAAUCUUUUUGAAUGUAUUAUUGCUGGAGAACAGUACAAUCUGAAAAACCUUCUAUCAGCAGCAAUUACCCUUGCAUCUAAAUGCGAAUCGUGUGAUUUAUAUCAGGAUCCUCGAUUUAACAAAAUUUCAUUCAAAACAAGAGUCAAAAUAUUGAAAGAAAGAGUAAACCUUAUAGAAACACGUGGGAGGGUUGAUGAUGUUUAUAUUGAAUGAAUUAUUUUUUGUUUUCAAAGCAAGUACUGACGUAAAUAAACAUUAUAUGAUGAAGUUAUUAAACAAAUUUAAAAUCUUAUAGUAAAAGUUUUUUUAUUCACAAAUUUAUUGUCUUUUAUACAAUACGCACCAAGAGUGGCUUUAAA